AUGGCAAUCGACCUAAUUAAAAGUGUUAAGCGGGUUAUGGACUUUGAGCUUGGUAUACGAAAAUCGAAUCAAAGCAACAACGCCUCAAUAGCAGGAUACUGGGAAACCUGCCGCGAUGGACUGCUAUCUGGUGAUGCCUUAGCCACGGUGUUACAGAGGCUGCAGUCAGUUUCCGAAAAUACUAAACGGUGGGACUACGAUAUUGGCAGAAUUGUGUCACAGCGCCAAAUUGAUCCCCAUGCCUUCUUGGAACUUCGAGAAACCGGCACUGCGAGCUUUCAGCUCAAGGAGUCACUCUUCGACCAAGACUACGGAGCCAUUGGGCAAAAUUUGAGAUUUAAGCAAAUUGCUACAAAAUAUGAGACCGUUCGAUUUGAGCUGGAUUAUUCUCCAAUCUAA